CGCUGUCGAAGGGCAUUCGGACUGAAGCCCUAGAAUCAUUCAAAAAUAAUAGUCCUAGUGAGGAGAAUCACGAGAGACGGACAAAAAAAUGGAGGAAUCGAAGCCAAUGGCUGCGCAGCAGCAGCAGCUGCAACAACCGAGGCAGCAACAGCAACAGCAACAGCAACAACAGCAAAUCCUCCUUCAACACCGACUGCAGCAGCAGCAACAACAGCAACAGCGUCAACAACAACUCCUGUUGCAGCAGUUGCAGAAGCAGCAACAACAAGCGGCGAUGUCGAGGUUCCCGUCGAACAUCGACGUGCAUCUCCGGCCUCCUGGGUUUAUUCAGAACCGACCCAUCAAUCCAUCUCAGCCUCUCCCUAACCCUAACCCUAGUUCUAGCCCUAAUUUGAUUCAGCAGGCUCCGAACUUGCAGCAUCAGCAGCAGAAUCUUUCGAGUAAUCAGCAGCUUCAGCAGCAGCAACAGCAACAGAAAUUGAUGCGGCCGUUGAACCACAUGGAGCUACAGUUCGCUUACCAGGAUGCUUGGCGUGUCUGCCACCCGGAUUUCAAGCGACCUUUCACUUCUCUUGAGGACGCUUGCGAAAGAUUAUUGCCUUACCACGUCGUAGCAGAUUAUGAAGCAGAAGAGGAUGACAGAAUCCUUGAUUCAGACACAACAGGCCAGACCCUAUCUCGCUCCCAGCAAUGGGAUAACAACAUUGCUGCUAAAGUGGCAGAGUUCACAGCAACGUUUGAAAAACAAGCCCUAGCCUUUAACAUAAUAACUCGAAAGAGAGCCGUGGGAGAAUUUAGGUCAGAGGAAAGGUUGAUGAUAGAACAAGCUUUGCUCCAAGAAGAGAGAAAAGCAUUGUUCGAAUUGAAAGCAGAGAUGGAUCGGGAGAAGGCUGGGCGUGAGGCUCAGGAGGCUAAGUUGCGAAUGGCAGCCAUGGCACAGGCAGGACAAGUAAGGUCAGAGUCGCAAGCCCAUGCUGAGAUCAUUGCUCGCAACCCAUUAAGAGCAAAUGCGAUUGCAAAUCAGGGAAGCCAUAAUCCACUUAGUCAUGAGAUGGGAGAACAGGGACGCAACGUGAACCCUGACGAGUUGAUGAUGAAUGGCUGGGGAAACAGCAGCCAGAGAGAUGAGAAGGAACCCUCGGAAGAUUUCUUGAAUGAUGAGGAAAAUGAAAACGGAGAGACAGGUGAACAAGAGAACUGGCGUGAAGGUGGAGAAUUCGAUUUGAAUAGCCGGUAACGAAUGAAGAGAGAGGCUUCUUAGGUAAAAGGAUGGGUUUCAGUGUUCUUAGGUAAAGGAUGUUUCCAAUACCCAAUGGGACCGGGUUGGAACUAUUACGUGAUUGGGUCGGGUUGAAGUCUAUGAUCCUGAAAUCUUCAAGUCAGAAUCUGCUUAAGGUUGGCCACAACCCACUGUACCAAAGGGAAAACAGGUAAAUGCUCUGCAGCUUCUCUGUUUUGUGUUCAUAGCUUCUGUUAGAUGUGCAUAUAAAGCUGAUGAUAUGAAAACAUUCUUCAUUGUUCAA